AUGAGCAUAAACAACUCCAGUGUAUUUAUAUUAUGUUUUCUUUCUAACCAAGUGAAGCUUCAAGAACUCGUUUCUUGGUUUGGUGCAUCUCACUUUGACAACAGGAUCAAGAUUUCACUUGCGAGUGAGAACAUCUCCAAACUUCUUCCUAUCAAUCCGGUCUAUCAGCAAGGAAAAAAAACGAUCACGAAGUGGGAGAGGGGGAGGCGACGUGAACGAGAGGAGAAAGAGGGAACAAGGGAUAAAAUCAUCGGCUUCUUAAAGAAGAUUGGAGUCGUGAAAUCGACCCUAAGUGUUGUCUUAAUGGGUGUGUUAUUGGCUAACUGUUGCUGUCAAAUCCUUCUAAAAGCACUCUUUUAUGUGUUGUUGAUGGUGCCUAAGGAUAGAUUGGAAUUGUGA